GUCGAACACAAAACCAGUCGGUCCGCGAACGCUCGAUCGUGUUGUCGUACUUAGAGGUGUAUAUGUUUAUAUAUAUAUACAUAUAUAUACACGUAUAUAAAGAAAAUUGCGCGGUUUGAAAAAGAGAUCGAAGUAGAAAAGGGGGCAACGGCCUCCUGGUGCCCCGAAGAAUUGAUUCACUCGCGCUCCGCCGUAUACGUCGACACACACACGGCGAAUAUCGCGGAGACCUGAAUAAAACCAACAACAACAACCGCCGCCCGCCACCGCCGCCUGCCGCCGCCGCCGCCGUCACGAUCGCGUUUCACAAUAAUAACCAUGCGGCGGCUCCCGCGGCCGCCGCCGAAAAAAUGCAUUUUUGUCCCGUUUCAAUUUUUUUUUGCACGUUUGAGGACCUUUUUGGUAUCCGCGGCAUGCACUGGAAAAACUUUAAAAUACAACGUGCCGAUAGGUGGCGCCUUCUACGUCUCCAUCUUACUCAGCCUCUUCGGCUGGACGAACGCAUUCGCUCAAGACCAGAACAAUUUACAGGCAUGUCCAGUUUACGGACAGGGCAGAUGUCGCUGCACGGCCGACCUCCACGAGUUCCAGUGCCGCAACGGCCAGUUUACCGACGUCCCUGCCAUGUUGCCGCCAAUAGUUACUAAAUUAGAUUUAACCAGUAAUAAUAUUACCGUAUUAGACGAGUUAUCGUUGGACCAUCUCUCAAACUUAGAAGAGCUGAUUAUGUCCGACAAUAGGUUAGAAUUAAUCCAUCCAAAGGCGUUUACCAAAAAUGGCCAAAUGAAAAGACUGAUUUUACAAAAUUGUGGACUCGAAGCGAUUCCCUCCGAGGCCCUACUUCCUCUAGCGAAACUGCAAACGUUACAAAUCGGCAACAACAUGAUCGAAUUCCUAGACGCAGACUCGUUUAAAACGUUGCCGAACCUGCGGAGUUUACGCAUGGACGGCAACCGUUUGCGUCAAGUUCCGACGUCCGCGCUGGCGGCGUUGCCACGUUUAGAAGUGUUACAUUUGGGAAACAACCUUAUUACUUCUAUCAGUGCCAAAUCAUUCCCUGCCAUGAAUAAACUACUAGUUUUAUUGCUCAAGAGAAAUCAAAUUGUCGAUAUUGAAGAAAUGGCUUUUUCAAAUUUAGGCUCUCUAAGGAUAUUAGAAUUAGACGACAAUUUCUUAACUCACAUUCCAUUGGCCAUAACGAAGCUGCGAGACCUUCAAGAACUGUCAAUUUCAGGCAACAGAAUCAAAUACAUAACGGGUGGGGUUCUACAGCAAACCCCUGCUCUCGCUCUACUCGAAUUAAAAGGAAACCCAUUGGCCGCCGCUGAUGCGCAGGCGUUUGCUCAUCUACCACGGCUCCGAAAGUUGAUCUUAUCUGACGCCAAAGAACUAACGAUAUUUCCUAAUUUAAAUGGGACGAGCGCGUUGGAGGUGCUCCGACUGGACAGAGCCGGUCUCAGCUCCGUUCCGGCCGCCUUAUGUGAUUUCUGCCCCAUGAUUAAGAGCUUAGAUGUGAAGUCUAAUCGAUUAGAACACGUGCCUGAUCUCAACAAUUGCAGGGAAAUGCGAGUAUUAAAUUUAGCUUCUAACCUGAUAAGGUCAAUUGAGGGCAAACGGUUUCGUGGAAUGUAUCAAAUGCACGAUCUCCUGUUGGCUCACAAUCGUAUACAGUACAUUCCCUCAGAUGCUUUUUUCAACUUAAGCGCCCUGCAAGUCCUGGACCUGGAAAAUAACGAAAUUUCCUUUAUACAUCCCGAGGCCUUCCUACCGAUUUCAAAGAUCGAAGAUUUAAACUUGGGAGAUAAUCUAUUUCCGCAUCUGCCUCCGCAAGGUCUGGAACGCCUCCUGCACCUGAAGACGUUCAACAAUCCGAAUCUGCGGGAGUUUCCGUCUCCCGAAUAUUUUCCUAGGAUCCAGAGUCUCGUGCUCUCUUAUGCUUAUCAUUGUUGCGCCUUUCUGCCGCUGACGCCGUCCAAUGUGCCCACGGUGGCUAAGGAUAUAACGUUUUUUCCGGAUAUCGAGGACAUUGACUUAAAUAUUUGGAAUAAUUCGGUUGAUUUCUGGCCAUCGCAACAAAACAUAACGAAAACUUUCGGAAGUAAAUUCGAGGAGUUCUGGAAAAACAUUAAACCCGAUUAUACCUAUCCCGGCAGUUUUCCUUCAUACAUGGAAGAGUACAUCCUGGACGAAGAUAUUCCCGUCAGAUUCCUGGGGGAUAACUUACUAGGAGAUUCCCUGUCGUCGUCGGAAGGAGGAGGAGGAGGAAAGAUUCAGUGUUUGCCGUUGCCCGGUCCCUUCCUGCCUUGUCAAGAUUUAUUUGACUGGUGGACGUUACGAUGUGGAGUCUGGAUCGUGUUUCUUUGCGCGCUUUUGGGCAAUGGCACCGUCGUAUUUGUCCUCGUCUUUUCCAGAACCAAAAUGGACGUACCGAAGUUUCUCGUUUGCAAUUUGGCAGCAGCGGACUUUUUUAUGGGCAUCUAUUUGGGUUUUCUGGCGGUGGUGGACGCGUCUACAUUAGGGGAGUUCCGCAUGUACGCGAUCCCUUGGCAAAUGUCCCCCGGCUGCCAAUUGGCCGGAUUCUUGGGGGUGUUGAGCUCCGAGUUGAGCGUGUACACGCUAGCGGUGAUUACGCUGGAGCGUAACUACGCUAUCACGCACGCCAUGCAUCUAAACAAACGGUUAUCGUUACGACACGCCGGAUACAUCAUGAUGUGCGGAUGGAGUUUUGCCGUUAUUAUGGCCGUUCUUCCGUUAUUCAGCGUUUCGGAUUAUCGAAAAUUUGCUGUAUGCCUACCCUUCGAGACCAGCGAUACCCGAAGCCUCAGCUACGUCGUCUUCCUAAUGUUCAUCAACGGGGUGGCCUUUUUGAUCCUGAUGGGGUGCUACUUGAAGAUGUACUGUGCAAUCAGAGGUUCACAAGCAUGGAACUCAAACGAUUCCCGUAUAGCGAAACGGAUGGCAUUGCUGGUAUUCACCGAUUUUCUCUGUUGGAGUCCAAUCGCAUUCUUUUCGCUCACCGCGGCUUUUGGAUUGCAGCUGAUCAGUCUGGAACAGGCAAAAGUGUUUACGGUGUUCGUAUUGCCGUUGAAUUCGUGUUGUAACCCGUUUUUAUAUGCCAUUUUGACGAAACAGUUUAAGAAGGACUGCAUCAUGAUCUGUAAGGCGAUCGAGGAGAGUCGAGUGACCAGGGGGAUCGGAAGAUGCAGGCACAGUUCGAAUUUCAGUAACAGACAAACGCCGGCUAAUACUAAUAGUUUGGCCGAUAGAUCAUCUAGAGAAAACCAAAACCACCACCAGGUGCCGCACUGCAUGUGCCACAAUAAACUGCUCGCCGAUGAAAAAAUAACCGUAAAACGAGUUGUGCGGACGGUCGACGUCCAACCGAACACGCGUAAGUGGCUAAUGGACAAGGCGCAAUGGCUAUUAUGCGUCAAAAAAACCCCGAGGCACAAAAGACCCACGAAUAACCCGUACACUUAUCAAAUAGCCGAGAUUCAACAAAAACAACACAAGAGGGCGUCCUCGAUGAGUUCCAGUGAAAAUUUUAGCUCGUCCAGGUCGGACUCGUGGCGUCACAAUCCGCAAAACUGCGGGAUCCCCUUGAGGAUGUUGGAUCCGAAACGUCGUGCUUCCUCUUGGGUUUUCACCAGGAAAACGUCCCAGGACUCGAACUUGUCCAGUUCCAGAAAUGACUCGUCCGCGUCGGGUGCAACGGCGAGCACGAGCACGUGGCGCAUGUCCAGAUCUUCGGCGUCCAGCGAACCGGCCAAGGUGCCACCGUGUGCCCGGACCAAGCCACGACUUACCAGGCAAUACGCCGUUUACGAGGAUCACAUGCUGGAUCCUCCAAUAUCUCCUGGAAGACUUACGGUACGAUUCCUGACGACGAUCCCGUCCGCGGCCGAAACCAGUAUGUUGGACGAGGACACGCAGUCGUCGACCAACGGCGGCAAAGACAAGGAGGUGACCACGCCCACAGGUGCCCCCUUAUUGGCUGUGUUGCAUACUGCCACGCCCACUCGCAGACAGUCAAUUGUUACCCUACAUCCGAUGUCAGAAGCGAAUAAUAGUGCUAAUAAUAAAAGUGAUAAUAGAGUAGAUUUAAGUUGGAGUGAUGAUGAUGAUGAUAAUGAUGAUGAUGAAGUUGGUGAGGAGGAGGAGGAGUUUAUUGUUAUGCGCGGCGGUGAUGCCAAUCCUAGUCAGAAACAAAGUGGCUCUGCGUCGAGCUGACAAUAGUAGUCUUAUGAAUGCCAUUUAACGGUUAAUGUUCGAUUACAUGUUGUAAUGGCCCAUAAAUUCAAUAAUUUCUGUAUUAUAUGAUAGGAAAUAUUUAUUUUUUUAUUGAACGUUGUUAAGAUUUUAAUUAGAAUGUAUUGAUAGUGCUAUUUAUAUCUGAUUGUAAGUGAAUUUAAAGUAUUUAUUGAAUAUAUUAUUAUUAUUAUAUUACAA